AUGUCGGGUAACUGCAUCGCUCACGUGGCGCGCGCUCGAAAAUUUUUCCCAGUAUAUAUAGAAAGCCUUCUCCCAAAGAUUAUCCCCUCUGUACAUCCCAUUAUGAUUAUUUACUCUGACGUUAUUUCUGGCGACGAAUUGUUGUCUGACGCCUACGACGUCAAGUUGGUCGACAAUGUCGUCUACGAGGCCGACUGUGCCAUGGUGCAAGUUGGAAACGGUGGAGAUGUCGACAUUGGUGGAAACCCAUCUGCUGAAGGCGGAGAGGAGGACUUGGACGAAGGUGUUGAGACCGUCAACAACGUGGUUUACUCUUUCAGAUUGCAGCAAACCCAAUUCGACAAGAAGUCCUUCUUGACCUACAUCAAGGGCUACAUGAAGAAGGUCAAGGCUCACUUGGCUGAGACUGCUCCAGAGGAGGUUGAGACCUUCGAAAAGGGUGCUCAAGCUUACGUCAAGAAGGUCAUUGGUUCUUUCAACGACUGGGACUUCUACACCGGUGAGUCCAUGGACCCAGAUGCCAUGAUUGUGUUGUUGAACUACCGUGAGGACGGUACCACUCCAUACGUUGCUAUCUGGAAGCACGGUGUCAAGGAGGAAAAGAUCUAG